AUGGCCGAAUCUUGUCUGGAUGGAGAUACGACUAACCCUAAACCCUAUAACUACCUUAAACCCUCAAGAGUCAAAAUUUGCCCCUCUUCGCACACCCUGAAGAACCCAGGUGAGAAACUGAGACAGCUUCUGCUGGAGCACGGCUCGUUUGAUAAGAUCGAGGGCCACUUAGAGCGGUGGCACGAGGAGAAGAAGAAAAGCAAGGAGAUGGGUGGGAACGUCACAAAGGAGUGGCUCAUGAAAGAGCGGAAGAUGGCAGACGCGGCCUUCGAAUGGGCACGGGCCCGAGGCAGGAUCUUCAAGAAUGAGGAUCCAGAUGGGGCCCUCUUGCGUCCCGAGAACGAAGUGCUUGGGGUAAGUGUCACGCCGGGCAACACAAGCCAAGCAGAUGCGGAAGCUGCUGCUCACGCAGGUGAAGCUGGAGAGCUCCGCAACUUCUUCGGCUUCAGGGAAGAGUGGGAAGACUGCUUGAAAACCCUGAACGACAACUAUGAUGCGCUGAUCAGCAUCCAGGGCACAGCAGCAACGGCGACCGAAGCGAAGGAGAUCAAGAGGACCAUCAAAGCUGGUGCUGUCGCCCCGACUCCCAAAGUGAAACCAGCCAGCAAGAAGCGAGCAGCCCCGACCGCAACGGCGAAGGGCAAGCCCAAGAAAGCCAAGCGUGUCAUGACUUCGACUGUGCUGAUGCUCGCUGGUCCUGACGUCGACGAGGACGAUGACAGUUCUGAUGGAUUCGUUGAUGAACUCCUGAUGGGAUUGGCGUCUGGUCUUCGAGAUCCCCUGCUGGAAAGGCUUGCCAAGUGCUCGCGAGGAGAAGACGAAGCCAAUGUUUGCAGAAACUUGCAUCGCCUAUUGAAGCACCCCGACUUCACUCUACAAGUGUGUAUUGACUAUACUACUGUGGACAUUACACAUCCUCGCACAAGGCAGCACACUGAAGCACCCUGGCCCGUGAUCAAGCUUUCGAGCUGGCUUCGGUACAUUAUGGAGGAGCAAGGGGGUCAGCUUCUGUUGGGCGGGCACAGUGUCCAUCAACGUGAUCUUUGGGAGCCGUUGCUGGAAGAGUUUUGGAACUUGUAUAGGGGUGUGGAUCCCACCCACGACAUAUUCCAGUACUCCAACAAUAUCCUACGCCGGACCCUGCCUUACCUCGUUCAUGGUGAUGAGGGUCGAGGCCGGCAGAAAUCACCUCUGAUGGUGAUAUCGUUUCAGGGGCUUUUGUCGCAUAUGGGAAAGGAACGACUGAACCACAGUGGGUGUCUUGGUGAAGACAAAAGAGGCUGCUCAGAAACCCUAAACCAAAACCUUGCCAACCCUAUAAAGACCUUAUAA